CCCCUUUGGGGCGUCCGUUGGAGCGCCAGCGGCUGCGGCGUUCCCGCGUAGGCUGGGAGGCUGCCAGGCUGCGAUGGGCGGGGCGGGGCGCCUGAAACUGACAAAUCGCUCCGCUUUUGUGCCGUGAUGCGGGGUGGAUCUGAACCUGAAUUAAUAUCAUGUAAAAGAACCAGAAAUGUCAGACGAUAUCAAGAAGCGGCUGGAAUUUCCUAACGCGCUUAUUCAGUCACAGGCAGUGGGUCAUCUUAUUGCUGCAGUGCUAAAAGAAAAUGUUUUAUCCGACAAGAUCAGACAGUCUACUAACCAGACUCCUGCUUUGAACUUGCUCUGGGAGAAGUGCUGCAGUGAGAAUGUGGUUGUGCGAACAGCCUGCUGCGAAGGCCUGGUGACCCUUGUUGCACAGGAUUAUGCAGAGUUCAGUUAUAUUCUCAAUACCGCUCUCAACCUGAUUCCCUCUGCCAGGAAUGUACAUGGUUUGGUAAAAAUUAUUGGGAAAUUACUACAGAUGCAGGCCAUUACGGUGGGAAAAAGUGGAGAUGAAGCUGUUCGGGAUUUGUAUGGAAUCAGGUAUCCUCCUCAUCCACUAAUCACUGUACUUGAAAACAGACCUGAUUGCUGGCCAAUUCUCUUGCAGCAGAUAACAGUAUUUUUCAAGCAAUGUCCAGAGAGGGCACAGAGUUCAUGUGUCUGUAUAAUGACCCCAUUUCUAAGAUACCUGUAUUGUGAACCAUCCCAAUUGGGGGAGAAUGCUGAACUGCGAAUGGGUCUACUUAAAAUCUUACUUCAGCCACAUGGUCCUGAGAACAAAGAGGUACCUUCUGCACUAGAACACCUUAUUCUUCAGCUGCUUUGUGACUUGAUUCCACAUUUUCAGAUAAAGGACUUGCCACAAAUAACGGAAGCAUUGUUCUUUCUAGAAGAAUUAUUCCGGAGUCUGCUUCGCUACCCUGUUUUUUGGAAAGUCCAGUUAUCCCAGCUUUGUCUGCAGAUGUUGUGCUUCUGUGAGAUUUGUCUGAACGUGACAGGGGAAUGUUCAUCUACAAUUUGCUUAAUAGAGCAAAAUGUUGAGUUCUUGCAAGAGGACUUUCCAGUGGAACAGGCCAUAAUUGGAUUAGGUUUACUUCUGCUACAGACUCCAGCAUGUCAGCAGAAACCCAUCUUAAGCCUAGCUUGCAAGCUCCUUUCCUGUACAGAAACUCAGAAAAUUCCAGCCACAGCCAUCAUCUUGGUGAUGCCUGUGUUGCAGAUCUUAUCUUCAACAGCAGUUGAGGACUGCAUAUCGGAGGAAGAUUCUGGCCCCACUAGGCAACAGCUGGCUAUAAAUCUUCUGGAAAUGGUACAGCAGGAAAGCAUAAAGGAUAAAAAGAAAUUGUCAUCCUGCAAGGUCAUCUUCCCUAUAACCAGUACGUACAAUUUAUUGUAUACAACCUGGAGGAUCCUAGAGCACAUGAAAGAGAAGUCUGCAGUGCUUGCCUGGUUGUCUUCUAUUAAAUCACUGCUACCUAUUAUGAAUCAAGUCCCCACUCAUGUUUUCCUUCUGCUUGCUUACCUCCUGGUUCAAGAAAAUGGAGAGAGUCUUCGUGGAGUACUGAGUGCUACUGUGGAUAUAGCCAAGGCAGAUUCCUCUCAGGUCCCAAAUCUAAUCCCAGUUCUGAUGUUUAAAUUGGGAAGGCCACUGGAGCCUUUUUUGUACCGGGAUAUUUUAUAUACUUUGCCUACUCUGGGUGUACACAAGGUCUGCAUCGCUCAGAUUUUACGUGUGAUACAGGUGCUGGGGAGCACGCCAAAACUUAGACCUGUCGCUUUACGCCUGAUGACAUCUUUAUGGGAGAAACAGGACCGGGUUUAUCCAGAACUGCAGAGGUUCAUGGCAAUGUCCAAUAUGCCCUCUUUGUCCAUUGGGAAGGAUACUCUGUGGGAAAAGGUGAUAGCUAAAGCUGCUUCCAUCAGAGAUAUAUGCAGGCAGAGGCCAUAUCAACAUGGAGCUGAUAUGUUGGCUGCAAUUUCCCAGAUAUUGAAUGAAUGCACAAAACCUGAUCAAGCCACACCUGCUGCUUUAGUGUUACAAGGUCUUCAUGCACUUUGCCAAGCUGAGGUCGUUUGUAUUCGCUCUACGUGGAACGCACUCUCACCAAAGUUGAGCUGUGACACCCGUCCACUCAUUGUAAAAACACUGAACGAAUUGUUUGGCCUGGUUCCUUCAUUAACAGUGAAUACAAAUGAGUAUGAGAAAUUUAAAGCUCAAGUUGUCAGCUCACUUUGGAGCCACACUCAGAGCAAGGAUUCCACUGUAGCAAUUUCAGCAUAUAAAUCUCUGUCAGAAUUUGGUUCUGAAGAACACACCAUCCUUCAUCUUCCUGAACAGGCAAGACCAGAAGUUGGUCCAUCAGAAGAGAUGGACAUAAAUGAAGACGAGGAGAAGGAGGUGGAUCUUUCUGUUCCUGGCUCUUCAUAUAUCAAACUGUUGUCGCUAACUCUUCCUUCUGUUUUGCCAGCUUUUGAAGAGUUUGGGGCGUCACUUGUGAAACAGGAGAUGUCCAACAUGCCCCGCGGAGUGUAUCAUUCUGCCUUGAGAGGAGGGGCCACGCGCUCUGAUCAAGGAAAGACCGUAGCAGGAGUUCCCAACUUCAUGCUGAAAAUGUAUGAGAGGAACAAGCAGCCUGGCCUGAAGCCUGGCCUUGCAGCUGGCAUGUUGUUAUGUUAUGACCUUCCAAUCCACAUGGGCAAAGAUGGCAAACCUAUCAGUCGUUUUCUGGCUAGCAGAGGGCGCAAUUUCCAACAGAUGUUAAUAGCUCUCAUUCAUGAGGUUAGUAUCCAGCCUUCUGAAUGGCACCGCUCUCUCCUUCUUCCUCAGUGCUGGCUGGGAUUUAUGACUAGAACAUACCAUGCAGUUUUACAGGGGAGACAGGCAGAGCUGGAGAUGCAGUUAAAACAUGGAAAAGAGGAUCCUGAAGAGGUGCAGUACAAACAAUUUACAGCCUGGCUCUGGGUCAGAGACAUGCUGACUGAUGUUAUCAAGGGUGCUUCAAAGGACAGCCCAGUGGUGAAAGGAAACUCUAUCUUAGCUUUAACUGGCCUUGCUGUUGCUGUGGCAAAAUAUGAAAAUAGCCUUUCUUCAGACACUGAAGUAGGACCAGAGACUGAACCAGAUUUUCUUCCCACAAAACACUGGAUUUCUAUGGUGAUAGAAACACUCCUUAGUAUUGUGAACAGUCGCUAUCGCGCUAAAGGUCAAGUUUUCCCUUGGUUCUACCAGAAAUCCUAUUCUGGUGAAAACACAGCCAGUGCUAUUGCUCGCUCCUGUGCAGCCAUUGCUUUGUCUCUCUUGGUGCCAGUUUUCAUUGUAUCCUGCAAGGAGAAGGUUGAGGAAGUCCUGAGUGUACUGACUGCCAGGUUACCUGGGAAACCAAAUGCUGAUGAGUCUCAAGCUGUUCAAAUCCACAUAGGCCUUGCUUUGGGGAUGUUUAUCUCACGUUUGUUUGAAGAAAAAGUAAGUGAUGUUUCUGGCCAACAGAUGAAUUUACUUCUAAUGAAGUCCCUUGAUGCAUUGGAAGAUUGCUGCUUUGACACCAGUCUGGAGUACAACACUGGAUGUAUCUUGGGUGUAGGACUUGUUCUUUCAUUUCUGAGUCACAGCAGCCAAACAGACUCACGGGUUCAUGUCUCUGCCUCUCUGAAGAAACUCUGUAACUACUUGGAUGACAGUGAAGAGCAAAGCAGAAUGUUCCAGGAGAUCCUUGCCUACUCCAUUGCCUGUUCCUGCGUCUCUGCUUUCAGCAUGAAAAUCAUAGAGGCAGUGGAGGCUGAAGAGAUCAUGAACAAGUUGCGGACGUUAGCAGAAAAUAAUCAGCAGACAUCCGGUUUUGCUUUGGCAUUGGGUAGCAUAGUUCAUGGCUUGUCAGUCUGUGGACAUGGGAAAGCAGAAGACUUGAGUAACAGACUGCUUCCUGCCUGGAUGAAAAUUCUUCUUGCAGAGGGGUCUCCCACAAUGCAGCGUCUGGCUUCUGUCAAUGGGCUGGUUGCGCUGGUGGGUUCUGAAGCAUCCAUGAUACAGCUGAAAUCUGAGGCUAUCCAGUCCUCCCAGUUUCAAAAUAAACUUAAUGAAAUCAUCAGAACCCUGACUCAGAUAGUCAGUUUUUCUGGGGUGAUUGGUCUUCAGACAAAUGCAGCUUGGCUUUUAGGACACCUUCAUCAAUCCAGUUUGUCCUCAACCCAGAACAGAACGUCUGUGCCUCCAGACUUCAGCUACUUGCCUGAAAACAGCUUUAUCAGGGCAGCUAUUGACUUUGCCAUUGAAGGAGGAAAGAAAGGCCCUGAAUCCAUUCCCCCUCACUUGGUGAAAGUAGCUUUGGCACCUAUAGCUUUAGUUGGAGAAAGCUACCAGUAUCCACCUGUGAACUGGGCUUCAGUUCUUUCUCCUUUGAUGAGACUAAACUUUGGUGAAGAGAUUCAGCAACUGUGUAUUGAACUUGCAGUGACCCAGGCUCAGUCAUCUCAGAAUGCUGCAAUGCUCCUGGGGAUGUGGGUCGUACCACCUCUAGUUUACAGUCUUAGCAUGAAAACCAGGAAAUAUCUUUUUAUGACUUUGCCCCUAUGGAUGAAACACGUUGCAGAAGACAAACUGCAGACUUUUACAGAAGUGUUUUUAGUACAGCAUUUUGAAACAAAGAAGCACCCAAAAAAUCCUGAGCUUUGCCAGAGUAUUUUACAGGGACUCAGCCAGGCUAUGAAACUUCCAAGCCCUGCCCAAUACUGCUGGAAUCUUCUGUGCCAGGCUGCAGAGAAAAUAUUUGAGCUUUUGCCAGAAGAGAUUAAGAGAAGUGAAGUGGAGAUGUAUAUUGAGGUAGCAAAAUGCCUCUCAGAAAUGGCAGAUGCAGAGGUUGACCGGAUUGCCCAGUUCUCUAAGAACAAUAUAGAAAAGGUCACUUUCAUCAAAGUGUAUUUAGUUUCUCAAGGCCGACUGUCUUUGUUGAGCUUGAAUGAUGUGAUUGGUAUUGCGGUAAGAUGCCAGCAGAAAGAAACUGUUGCAUGGAUGUUGUUUCAUAGUUUCUACCAUGCCCGAAUUGUAAGCCAUGAAAACACAGGAGUAUUGAAAAGAAUGGACUGGCUGUUAGAAUUGAUGGGCUAUAUCAGAAAUGUUGCUUACAAGUCAAUACCUCUACAAAAUCUGGAUCUUAAAGAGGCUGUAGACUUCCUGUUGUGGAUAUUUGCAGCUUCUGUGGUUGCCUGGGCUGACCAUGCUACUCCACUACUGCUUGGCCUCAGUGCCAGCUGGUCGUCAUGGAAACACAAAGAAGUAUUGCCAGAAUUGUCUGCAGAUGAUUUUGGCAAGCAUCCAAUUGAAAAGCUCUCUGUGCAGGAGACUCUUACUCUCCUUCCAAACAGUGUGCAGCUUUUGCUGGCUAAAGAGCCUUGGAAAGAACAAACACAAAAGUUUGUUGACUGGCUGUUUAAUAUAAUGGAGAGCCCUAAAGAAGUGCUAUCUGAAUCCUCCAGAGACAUGUUGAAAGCUACACUUCUGGCUUUGAGGUUUCUACCAGAGUUCAAGAAGAAAGCAGUAUGGACUAAGGCUUAUGGUUGGUAGCCAUAAGACAACAUCAUUGUCGUAUCUGACGGCCCUUAAUACUGAGAGAAAAAUGCAUAGCAGAAAUGUUCAGUCAUCUAUAAGUGUCAUUCCAAAGAAAUUUUAUACUAUGAAGUAUUAUGGGAUUUUCUUCCCAGGGAUUCAGAGAGUAGAAAAGUCAUUUGAUUUGACUGGUCAGUAGGGCUGGCUCCUAUCCUGAGCUGUCUUGGCCUGGUAUGAGGACAAACUUUGGGCUACAUUUUGAAUGUGAGUUAGAAAUCUGAAUUUCAGAGGUAUUUAAAUAGUAUAGUGAAAGCUGCAGACAGCAGAAAGCCGCCUUUCUGUAAUAGGUGGAACCUUUAUAUGAAUAAGUGAAAAAAUUAAAAACAAAUCUUGCAAAA